GUGGUCAAGAAAUGUGGAGCUUAACUGGUUUACUGGGGCUGCUCCUGCUGGUGGCCUCCUCAUCCGCAGAAGGCAACUCUUCAAAAAACGUGGUCUGCUAUCAGGGCACCUGGUCCAUCUACCGACCUGGUCUGGGCAAGUUCGGCGUGGAGGACAUCGAUCCCUUCCUGUGCACCCACCUGAUCUACGCCUUCCUGGGCAUCGAGGAGACGGGUCAGCUGCGGGUGAUCGACGCCUAUCUGGAUCUCGAGGAUAAUGCUGGGCGGGGAAAUAUUAAGGCCUUCAAUGCCCUCAAGCUGAAGAAUCCCGUGCUGAAAACCCUGGUGGCCGUCGGAGGUUGGAACGAAGGUUCCAAGCGGUUCUCCCUGGUGGCCAGCGAUCCCCUGAAGCGCGCCAAGUUCGUGGACGAUGUGGUGAGGUUCCUGCAGCGCCACGGAUUUGAUGGCCUAGACCUGGACUGGGAGUAUCCUGGCCAGCGUCAUAGCUUGGAGAACGCGGAUCGAUCGAACUAUAUUACGUUUUUAAAAGAACUGAAAGAGGGGCUUGAACCCUUUGGUUUCCUGCUCAGCGCUGCUGUGGGCUCUGCCCAGUUCUCCGCUGAAGUAUCCUAUGAUAUACCCGCAAUGGUUCCCUAUCUGGACCUCAUCAAUGUGAUGGCCUACGACCUCCACGGACCUUGGGACCAGGUGGUGGGCAUCAAUGCUCCUCUGUAUGCCUCGGAAAGUGAUGCCAGCGACUCCUUGGGUCGGCAGCAGCAGCUCAAUGUGGAUGCCAUUGUGAAGUACUGGCUUCAGUCUGGAGCUCCGGCAGAAAAACUGAUCCUAGGAGUUCCCUUCUACGGACGCACCUUCACCUUGGCCACCGCCGAGGGCAAUCAGCCGGGAUCUCCGCACAUUGGCAAGGGACUGGCCGGGAAAUACUCCCGUGAACCGGGCGUCCUGGGCUACAACGAGCUCUGCGAGCUGAUGCAGCAGCAGGAAGGGGAGUGGACCAGGCAGUGGGAGCCGGCACAGAAGGUUCCCUACGCCUUCAGGCAGCGACAGUGGGUGGGCUACGAGGAUCCGCGUAGCCUCUCCCUGAAGGCGCAGUAUGUGGUGGAUCACCACCUAGGUGGGAUAAUGAUCUGGUCCCUGGAAUCCGAUGACUUUCAUGGCAACUGUGGGGGGAAGCCCUAUCCCCUGCUGCACGAAAUCAACAGCGUGCUCUUUGGAGGCGAAACCCCUUCCGGUUUGAACCUGGAAUCGUCGAAGGAGGAAACCACUGGAGGAUUUAGUUGUCCUUCGGAUGCUCCUGAGGGUUAUGUUCGCGAUCCACAGACCUGCUCCAAGUUCUACUACUGCAGUGGUGGAAAGACGCACAAUUUCGACUGUCCCAGUGGCCUCAACUUUGACCUAGACACUAAGAGAUGCAACUAUUCGGGUUCAGUAAAGUGCUAAAACUAUAUUUUUGGAAU